AUGGCGUCUAUCUCGACUUUACCCCCUCCUCCAUCCUCGUCGUCGUCGUCACCCAAGCCCAAGCUGCGUAACCUCGUCGAUAAACCCUGGGUCAUCCAAAAGUAUGGCGGUACCAGUUUGGGCAAGUUCAUCGAUAACAUCACGAUGCAGAUCAUCCCGUAAGUUGCUGGGACUGUACCAGACCCGGAUCUCUCCUCCGCGAGCUGAUCGUGCUGAGCUCGCCUCUGACCUGUUCGACGUUCGACAGGUCCUACAUCGAAUCCGGGAAUCGAGUCGCCGUCGUCUGUUCUGCACGAUCAGGCGAAUCCAAAUCGACGGGAACGACGAACCUCCUCCUCCGAGCAGCGUUGGAAGCGCUUCGACCACGAACACCGGACAUGUCUUCCUCGAUCCCUUCUCUCCCUCCUACACCGGCACCGAGCACACCGGGCGUCGCUUCCUCGGAUCGUAUCAACCCUUUGACGUCCCAGAUCUUUCAAAGGAGUUCUUCGAACGCCGUCAGUCCCUCACCUGCUUCGAACAACAACACCCGUACCCGGUCGGGAGUCUCGACACCCCAUUCGACACGGUCCAAUUCCUUGGCCGCUUCGAUCUCGUCUCUUCGCGUUCGCGAUAUCGACGAAGGACCCCAAUUGUUCCACGGUACGGUCGACCAAAUCAAACAAGACCACCUCAAGGCCGCACGGAGUUUCAUCAAGGAUCCGCAAAUUUUGGCCGAGCUCGAGGAUGAUCUCGAUUAUGAUUGCGAGAGGUUGAGGAGUUUCCUCCUUGCCGCUCAGAUCAUCGAUGAGAUUUCUUCAAGGAGCAAGGAUAUCAUCAUGGGCGUCGGGGAGAGGUUGUCGUGUCGCAUCGUGGUGGCCGUGCUCAAUGAUCGAGGUGUAGAGGCCGAACUGGUUUCGUUGGAGAAUAUCGUUGAAGGUUCGGUACAGGACGAUGAAGAAGCCAAGGGGGAGUCGAAACAACUCAGUCAGCCGUUCUACGACCGGCUUUCGAAACGCUUGGGCGAACGACUGAACGAAUGCGGUGAUCGAGUCCCCGUCGUCACCGGUUUCUUCGGUGUCGUCCCCGGUUCCCUGUUGGCCCAAGUCGGUCGAGGGUAUUCCGAUCUCUGUGCCGCGCUUUGCGCCGUCGGUGUCGGCGCGUCCGAACUUCAAGUAUGGAAAGAAGUCGACGGCAUCUUUACCGCAGAUCCUAGGAAAGUACCCACGGCGCGACUACUCUCGACGAUCACGCCAGAAGAAGCCGCCGAAUUGACCUACUAUGGAUCCGAAGUCAUCCACCCCUUCACCAUGGAACAAGUCAUCCGAGCAUCGAUUCCUAUCCGAAUCAAGAACGUCGAAAACCCUUCGGGGUCAGGGACGAUCAUCUUCCCCGAUUUAAACUCGACGAAUUCGGAUGAAGGAUCCGAUUCGGAAGAUCCUUCGACCGCUUUCACCACCACGACGCCUACCUCACCUCUCGUGAUCCCUCCUCGUAGGGGUCCUACGGCGAUCACGAUCAAGGAUGAUAUUCUGGUUUUAUCGAUCCGAUCGAAUCGAAAAACGAUCUCGCACGGUUUCUUCGCGAGGAUCUUUGGGACCUUGGACAAGUACGGUGUGAUUGUCGAUUUGAUCUCCACGUCCGAAGUGCACGUCUCCAUGGCGAUCAACGGAUCGAUCCGAGGACCGGUUCUGGAUCGCAUGACGAAGGAGUUGAAAGUCGUGGGGGAGGUUAUCGUCAAUCGGGAUAUGUGCAUCCUCUCCCUCGUAGGCAAACAUAUGAAGAACAUGGUCGGUAUCGCAGGGAAAAUGUUCACCACUUUGGCGGAGGGGAAUAUCAAUAUCGAGAUGAUCUCGCAGGGCGCGAGUGAGAUCAACAUUUCGAGUGUGAUCGAUGGCAGGGAUGCGGUCAAGGCGUUGAAUUUGGUGCAUCACAAGUUGUUGAGUCAGGGCGCGACGUCGGUUAGGGUUAUGGGACCUUGGAUGGUAUGA